AUGCAUAGGCGGUUGCUACCGAGCUCGACAGCAACUGGUGCACCCAGACUCGCCUCUGUCGCAGUCGUCCUUGGCCACAGUCCACAGCUUUGGCUUCAAAAUAUACUCAAGAGUAUCAGGGGUUCCCAUCACAUGAACCCCCGCGUGACGCCUCUACAAUCGGCACAAGCCUGCCAGAAAUUCCUGACCUAUAUUCUCGAUCAGGGGAGUGCCAUCUGGAUCCUCGGUGAACUCCACUACGGUCGAUGGACGAUUCCGAUUCACGCCCGCAUUGUCUGCGUUGACAUGGUUGACCGCAACGAGGCUACUUUCAAGCUCACUCGCGGCACCACUGAUGCAUUAAUUCAGUACCAUGAGCAGUUGCACUGUGCUGGUUCUGAGACAAAUGCUGCCGACUGGCACGGGAAAGCGCAACAAAUCAAGAAACAACACGAAAACUUUGUGAAGGAUAUUGAAAAGUUUGUCUUUUGCACUCAUGUCAGUGUCCUCGUGCGCGUGCAAAAAAACGGUGCUGGUAGACUUCCAGACAACAGGCAGUUGCUGGUCGAGUCCGAACUCGCGAAGCUUAUGAAACCUCUCCAUCCUCCAUUGUCGAGUCGCUCUGGCAAUCACACUGGGGUCAAUCUAAUGCCUACUAGGCUACCGACUCUUCUUCCAUCGACUGCACUUGGCAACUCGAGCAUGCCAUCAUUACCGUGGCUACCCUGCAAUCUGGUUGUUCCGUUACCUUCUGAAUUGAUUCAUACCCCACUCCUUAUGCCCCAGUGGCCAAUAGACGGCGGCGCAACAGUAGGAGCUACAUGGUCAAGCUGCGACGCCAGUAUGAUGAGCCCUGAGUCGGUAUACUACUAUAUGGAAUGA